AUGACUCUCCUGCCAUCACCACUCGCCCAGUCCACCUUGGGCGAAAAGUGCGCAGUCUAUCUGGACCACGUCAGCGACCAACUUCCUGUGUUUUUACACUCCCUUCGUCCUCGUCUGGAUCCGUAUUUGACCUCCUCGGUCACUACACUCCGAUCGGUCGCGCAGGCGCUGCCAUUCGAGGCAGACGAACAGAUUCUCGCUGUCGCUGCCGCGGUCCUUAUCGUCAUCUCCACUAUCAUCGCUAUGAGUUGGGGAAACCCAUUCAAUAAUUUCUGGCGGCGUUCGCCCAACCACGCUACGGCCCCACAAGUCCGCGACGAUGACUACAGCUACAUCACCCCAGACGAGAUUGUCAAUCCUCCGUCGCAGCCUAUCAGAUACGGAAAUCAGUAUGAUGCGGGAGCUGCUGAGAAUGAGCCAGAUAUCAUCUGCCUAAAACACCGAGGCACAAUCUACCCGUUACAUUUCCGGGCCUACGCCAUCGACGAUGGCUUAUUGACCGUCGGGGAUCUUCGCCAUACGGCAGCCGUCAAGAUGGGCGCCGAACAUCCGAAUCAGAUUCGAUUGUUGUACAAGGGCAAUAUUCUCAAAGACGAUCGUCGAACCUGCAAAGCUGAGGGACUGAAGCAGCAUUCCCAGGUCUUGUGUGUGGUUUCUGAAGCUGGAUCCAACACACCAAGUGAUCUUUCUGAUCCCGAAAAUGUGUCCACUCAAGAAGCCAUCCUUGACACCGAUGAAGUCCCUGGGCCUGUCGGGUCUUCUAGCAAGAAGAAGAGCAAUAAGAAGAAAAAGAAGAAGGGUGGGAAGCGCAACGAAGAGACACCUGCCUCCGAAUUCCUCCCGCCCUCUCCGUCUUCAGCACCGCCAAGGCCCACCUCCGCGGGUGCAGGCACCCCAGCCCUCCCGCCUAACUUGAAAACCAUUAAGACGCCGCUGGAGCAAGUCAACGCCUUGACUGCCUACUUACAAAAAGAGCUUUUACCGCUCUGUGAAGAAUACUUUGCGGACCCACCCAGUGACAUGAAGAAGCGGGAGUUUGAGUAUCGGAAGCUGAGCGAGACCAUUUUGGCGCAAGUCAUGUUGAAGGCCGAUGGUAUCGAGCCUGAUGGCAAUGAGACCGUGCGCAACGCCCGCAAGGCUCUGAUCAGAGAAGCGCAGAGCUGUCUCAACCGACUCGAUCAAGUCGGCAAGCAGCAAUCUUGA